CCCCAUACUAUUCGAAAACAAAGCUGUGGGCAAUAUUCUUCGCAAGUUCUAUGCUCUAUUAACCUUCAGUGUAUCUUACUGUCUCAUUUACUUUUGCAAAAUUUUGGGAUGUUUCAAACAGGUUUGCAUUUGUAUGGGUGUGUGUGUUUGUGUGUCUGUUUGGAACUAAGGGUGAGACAGUUUGAUUCAUUUCCUCAGUCUCUUUACUUUCUUUACCUUGAUGCAAGCACUUUAACAAUCUACACAUUACGUUUGUAAGCUGUAGUUAUCUCUUUAAUAGCUUGAGCUCUUGUCAAUGUCGGAAGGUAAAGCUUCUUUCAAAAUGAAAGUUGAAGAAAGUCAUCAGAAUCCAAUGGGCAACCUCCAUGGUGGAAUGACAGCGACUUUGGUUGACAUGUUAACUACAGUGGUGACAUUUACAUUGCCUCCCCACAAACCUGGUGUCAGUGUUGAUAUGAGCAUAAGGUACUACAUCUUAGCUUCGUCUAUAUUUUGACCCCUUUUUCACAUGUUGUAAUAUUUCACAAUGGAAACUUUUCUCCAUGGCAGCUACUUAAGGCCAGUUCCAGUUGGAGAAGACGUUACUAUAAAUGCAGAAGUCAUCAAGAUGGGUCGUACAUUGGUCUUCACGGGUGCAGAACUGUUAAACAAAGAUGGAAAACUUGUAGCAAAAGCUAACCAUACUAAAUUUAUUGGGGAAGGACAGCCCACACCAUUCACGGAGAAGGAAUCAUGACAUAUUUUUUGAACAUUCUUGAAUUCUUCAAACAAUAUUUCCUUAGAGGGGCAGUCCACACCAUUAACAGAGAAGCAGGAAUCAUGACACCUUUUUUUAAAUAUUCUUGAAUUCUUCAAACAAUAUCAUCCUUGAACUAGUUUUUUGAUCUCUCCAUCCUGGAAAUUCAAAUAUAUUUGAGUCCCUUCCCCUCCUCUUAAUUUGAGUGAUGGAUAUCUUCUGGAUAUAUUGUAUAUAAAUGAGCUACCUCUUAGGUUUGAAUUAAGUUUAAAAUUUUCCAUUCCUGUUUACAAGCAAUUCUUGCCUCCUUCCUCCUGAAACAUUUAAGGAACUCAGUCUCAUUGUUCCUCCAAUUUAACAGAUUUUUUCAAAAUUUUAUACACUGUGACUUCUACAUUCACUUGAGAGGCCAAGCCAAAAUAAUUGGGUCAAAUACAUGACUUUGAAACUGCCCUUAUACAUUCUUAACUUUCUCGUGGUCCUGGUCAGAUACACAUGCUUAUGUAAUGCAACAUAAUAAAUGAAACAUAAAUUUUAAUCCAUAUAUUGUAUAUACAACCUUAGUAUUCAUAACCAUGAGUGCUGCCAAAGCAUAUUUGGGAAUGUAGACAAAUUUUUUUCAUUUUUAAAGGUUAGGAAGGGAGAUUUAACUAUUGGUGGUCUUGAUCUGAAAAAAGUACAAAAAGCAGGGUUAACUUUAGUGAUCAGCAAAGAAAACAAUGAACAAAUGACCAUAAGUAAUGGAAAAUACAGAAUCUCUGUCCUGGGAAAUCUUCAUUUAUUAUUAUUUUUUAAGCUUUUCCAUCAUUGAUAGUUUAUUUAUUAAAGGAUGACAUGACCUCAUUUUAACUCAGUGC